AAAGUAAUAACCUCGGAGAAAGAACCUCCCGAGAUCUUAUCACCUUUGGAAUCUAUAACCGUAAGGAAAGGAGAACCAGUUACACUUUCCACUACCAUCUUCGGUAACCCAGAACCUACUAUCGAAUGGUUGAAGGACGGAAAACCUUUAACCAGACCAAAAUUCAAAAAAGACGGAAAUACAUACACUUUGACUAUUCCAAAGACAUCUACAGAUGACACUGCUACAUACACAGUUCGAGCUACCAAUUCUUUGGGUACGAUAGAAACAAGUGCAAACCUAACAGUCGAAGAAUUCCCAGAAAACCAAGAGCCACCAUUGUUCGUCAAACGAUUUGAAGAACAAACUGUUCCACAAAAGUCACCUCUGACCCUCAAAGCCAAAGUGGUUGGUAAUCCUACUCCUGAAGUAUACUGGCUUAGAAAUAAUGAGCCUUUGGAACCUUCCGAUAGAGUAAAGAUCAUUUUUGAUGGCGAAAAUGUUGAACUAACUAUUAAAGAAACUAAUUCUGAACUUGACUCUGGAGACUACAAAUGUAUUGCUGUCAAUUCAGCUGGAAAAGCCUCGCAUGGUGCCAAGGUGUCUAUCGAGGUAGAUACUGUUAAAUUUACUAAAGAACUGAAAGAGGUUUAUGAAACAAUAGAAAGAAAGACCAUCGAAUUGGAAUGUGAGACAUCUCACUCAGUUAGAACGAAAUGGUGGUAUAACAAUACGGAAAUUAGUGGUAUGGACCAUCGUGUUGUGGUUCAAGACGGACGUACUCACAAACUCAUCAUUAAAAAUAUUACUCAAAAUGAUCAAGGCAGUUAUAAAUGUACAGUAAAGAACCAAAAGACAGAAACCACAGUUAAAGUUCAGCAAUGCAAACUAGAAUUCGUCAAGACAUUACAAGAUUUAGAAAUAACUGAAAAAGAUACAGCUGUCCUUGAAGUAGAAAUCACUUCUGACACAGCUAAUGUAGAGUGGUUCAAAGAUGGUACUCCUCUAAAAGAAACCGAAGACAAAUUUGAUACUGAGAAGUACGGUGGAUUAAGAAGACUUUUAAUCCGUAGCACUUCAAUCCAUGACGAAGGAGAGUACAGCUGUAAACUUGUAGACGAAGAAUGUAGAGCUGAUGUAACAGUAAUAGAAUUGCCUCCAGAAAUUAUAACACCAUUAAAAGAUCAAGUGGUUAACAAAGGCGACAAGACUGUCUUCGAAAUAGAACUCUCUAAAGGUGAUGCCUUGGCCAGAUGGUACAAAGACGGUAAAGAAAUACAAUUCUCAGAACACGUUCAAUUGUCUAUUGACGGAAAGAGGCAAAAAUUGAAAAUCUAUAAAACCGAACCUGAAGAUGAAGGUGUCUAUUCUUGUGAGGUUGGAACGCAAUCAUCCAAAGCUAGACUUACGGUAGAAGUACCAAGCUGUACCUUCAUCAGAUCUUUACCAGAAUACACCAUUGUUCCAAUCAAUACCGACGCCGAAUUUGAGGUAGAACUUUCCAAGGAAGACGUGGAAGUUACUUGGUACAGAAAGAAUGAACGCAUAGAAAAAUCCUCCAGAUACUCUAUAUUUGAAGAUCGCAGGAUAAGAAGAUUGGUUGUACAUAAAACUUCUACAGAAGAUGAAUACGAAUACUCUUGUACGGUUGAAAAAUACCAACUGAAGACUUCAUCCAAACUUAAAAUUGGCGAUAAACCUUCUCCUCCAAGAGGUCCUCUAGAAAUAUCCGGAAUGUCAGAUACAUCAUUUACAAUUCAAUGGCAGCCUUCGGAAAGUGACGGUGGUUCUGAAAUCAUCGAAUACAUAGUGGACAUGAAAGAAGCUAAGACUAAGAAGGUCUUUAAGAAAGUCGGUGCUACCAAAGGCAACAUUACCAACCUCGCCAUCAACUAUUUGGAAAAGGGACAUGGCUACAAUUACAGAAUUACUGCCAGGAAUGCUAUUGGUGUGAGCGAUCCUUAUCUUCCAUCAGAAACGAUCGUUGCAGGAUCUAGAAUGACACCACCAUCACCUCCAAUCAACCUGAAGGUCAAAGAUUUGACCAGCAGAAGUGCAACGCUAACUUGGGAACCACCAGAAAACGAUGGUGGAACUGAAAUUACGGGCUACAUCGUCGAAAAGAAACUUGAAUACAUGCCUAAAUGGGAAAAAGUGUUUACAUUGGAGGCUUUCUCAUUGGAAUACACCUUCGAGAACUUAAAAGAAAAGAGUGAUUAUCUGUUCAGAGUGUACGCAGAAAAUUGCAUUGGACUCAGUCCGCCAGCUACUUCUGAGGUUGUGCAAAUGCGAACACAUGCCACUGUACCUUCCCCGCCAACACCGCCACUAGAAAUAAGGACCAUAGGACCCAACGCAAUCGUCGUGGAAUGGGGAAUCCCAGAAUCAGACGGAGGUUCACCGCUUCUAGGUUACAACAUUGCCAUCAGAGACACCAAAAAGACCAUGUGGAUGGAGAUUGGAAGGGUCCAGAAGGGUGUACAGAAAUUCACAAUUAGAGAUUUACAAGAAGACCAUGAAUAUAUGAUUAGGAUAUUUGCCAAGAACGAAAUUGGACUGAGUGAUCCUUUGGAAUCCGAUGAACCGUUUAAGGUUCUUCCGUCCGGAGACACUGAUCAAGAUGACUUCAAAGAAGCAACAGACAAAGAGCCAACGUCUUACAGUACUGAAACCUCUACAUCUUGGUUA